AUGGGGCAAAGGAAGGUAGAAAUUAAGCGAAUCCAAGAUAAAAACUGUAGGCAAGUUGCUUUCUGUAAACGGAGAAAAGUUUUAUUGAAGAAAGCUAAAGAACUCUCCAUUCUCUGCGAUGUCGAUGUUGCUGUUCUUAUCAUCUCCCAUCGUGGCAGGCUCCAUGAAUAUUCCAGCAAUAACAGAUCUUAUGGCCAAGCUCAUGUUGGUUUUACUAAGUUGGAUCUUAGGUCUGGUUAUUGGCAAGUUAGGAUAGCAGAAAGUGAUGAGCCUAUUACUAAUUGUGCACUAAAUGACGUCAAAGAUUUGAGGUCAUUUUUGGGGUUGGCAAAUUACUAUCGCAAGUUUAUUCCUUGUUAUUCGAACGAGGAGGCUUCGUUGAAAGCUUUGUUGAAAAACAAUGUUCAAUGGUUUUGGUCUGAGAAAUGUGAUGGUGAGUUCCCAUCAUUGAAGGAGACCAUUGCAACAGAACCAAUUAUGAAGCUGCCACAUUUUGAAAUGUCGUUUGAAGUGCAUACGGAUGCUUCCGAUAAAGCUGUAGAGGUGUUCAGGUGCAAGAAGGUCAUUGAAUGA